AUGUGGCAAAGACGCAAAUGUGGCAAAGACGCACACAUGUGGCAAAGACGCAAAUAUGCCAAAGACGCGAAUAUGGCAAAGACGCAAAUAUGGCAAAGAUGCAAAUAUGGGAAAAACGCAAAUAUGGGAAAAACGCAAAUAUAUGAAAAACAAAAUAUGGCAAAAACGCAAAUAUGGCAAAAACGCAAAUAUGGGAAAAACGCAAAUAUGGCAAAAACGCAAAUAUGCCAAAGAAGGAAAUAUGGCAAAAACGCAAAUAUGGCAAAAACGCAAAUAUGGCAAAAACGCAAAUAUGGCAAAAACGCGAAUAUGGCAAAAACGCAAAUAUGGAAAGAACGUAAAUAUGGGAAAAACGUAAAUAUGGGAAAAAUGCAAAUAUGGCAGAAACGCAAAAAUGGGAAAAACGCAAAUAUGAGAAAAACGCAAAUAUGGGAAAAACGCAAAUAUGGGAAAAACGCAAAUAUGGGAGAAGAUAAACUUGUGUCAAAGGUUCAUGAAAUAUAUGAGAAACGCAAAUAUGGGAAAAACGCAAAUAUGGGAAAAACGCAAAUAUGGGAAGAACGCAAAUAUGGGGAAAACGCAAAUAUAGGAAAAACAAAAAUUUGGGAAAAAGGCAAAUAUGGUUAA